AUAUUUGAAUUCUCUGGUCAAAAGAAGGAAACUCAGUGUACACGUUUUUUUUUCUUCUUUUCGUUUUAAAUCUGUGAAGGAAAAUGGGAAGUGAAGCAGGGAUUGUGAGGAAACCAAGAUUUCUCGGCCUCCAUGGAUUUAGAACAACUGGAGCGAUCCUCAAGAAACAGAUAGACACCAAAUGGCCUAAAUCGGUAUUGGAUAAGAUUGAUAUUGUUUACCCAGAUGCGCCUUUCCCAUCUCAGGGGAAAUCCGAGGUUGAAGGGAUCUUCGAUCCUCCUUAUUACGAGUGGUUUCAGUUCAAUAAGGAUUUUACGAGUUACACAAAUUUCGACGAAUGUCUUGCUUAUAUCGAAGAUAUCGUAAUUAAACAAGGACCUUUCGAUGGUCUCCUCGGAUUUUCGCAGGGAGCCAUCUUGUCGGGUGGGUUGCCGGGAUUGCAAGCGAAGGGUGUGGCUCUUACAAAAGUUCCCAGGUUGAAGUAUCUGAUAAUAGUUGGAGGGGCUAAAUUCAGGAACGAAUCGGUGACACAAAAUGCUUAUUCUUCCCCCAUUCAGUGCCCAUCUGUUCAUUUUUUAGGGGAGACUGAUUUCCUGAAACCUUACGGAUUGGAGCUGUUGGAAUCGUGUGUGGAUCCUGUUGUCAUUCAGCAUCCAAAGGGUCACACUAUUCCCAGAUUUGAUGAAAAGGGAUUAGAGAUGAUCUGAGCUUUCUGGUGAAGAUUCAAGAAGAUAUUUUGUCUCAAAAUCAAGGAAAGGAUUUUUGCCAUAAAGAGGAACAGAAUAGCCUAGAAGCAUAAUAUAUAGUUAAUAUAGUAUUACUGUAUACAUUAAAAUAUAUUUAAUAAAUUUAGUUUAGCGU